AUGAGGGGAGGUCACGACCACGCGUCGACCAAGGCUAACUUGACCUUCCGCUCCGGGGACGCCCGGGAUCGCCUCGAGGAUGAAGCGGUAGUACAGGUUUUGAUCCGCGUGCCGCUGCUCUUCGAGCUCUCUUCUUUAGCUCUACCGGGUAAAAAGGAUAGCAAAAGGCGGAUUUUUGAGGUUCGUCUUCAAAGACUAAGACUUAGCCGGGAUCUCCCGUUGCAUGCCUUCCUCAUAUCUGGGCAAAGGCUUACCUCUUUCCUGAGAACACCAGCUUGGAAGGUAAAGGGAGAAGAAGAAGAUGACGAAGACAGGCGAGAAGUGAGAGUCUUGUUGCUUGCCUUUCUUUGCCCGAGCUGCCGAGGAAUCCCUCUUCCCGAAACAGACUUGGAUAAGAGUUUGUCCUUCAACAGAAUUGAUCCGAUCGAUGGAACAUCAGCCACUUUCCGCUCCGCGGUUUAG